AUGCAAUCCGUAUAUAGUCAUCGACGUCUAAAAUAUAUAUUUAUGUCAAGUGUUUCUAUUCUUAUGAUUGUUCCUAUGGUUCGAUAUUUUGUUAAUCAUAUAUUUUCUAUUGAAAUAAGUUCAUUGUAUUUACCGUUGUGCCCUUAUUCAUUCAAAAUAAAUAGUAAUUAUAUAGUUUAUGAUGAUGCCUCGUAUUACAUUCAUCACUAUCCUGAGUUUAUUUGUCCACAAAAUUUUCGAAAUUUAGCUGAUUGGAUUUAUGGUUGGCCUGAAUCUGUAUUCAACGAAAAAAUUGAAUAUUCUGUAAGUGGAAACAAGUUAAAUGUACCAAAUCUUCCGAAUGGUAGUAUUAUUUAUGUUAAAAUCGACAGUAUUUCAUCUUUUUUCUCAAAUAUAUAUCCAUAUCUAAUGUAUAAAUUUGUACUAAUCACUGGUCAAGGUGAUGAUCUAAUGCCAAGCCGAUUUCUUCGUUACCUUGAAGAAUCUGAUUCAAAAAUUAUUCAUUGGUUCGGUCAAAAUGGAGAUAUCAAUGCAACAACAAAUGAACGUUUUACACAUAUACCAAUUGGUAUUAAUUGUUUUGAAAUGGCAGAAGGUAUUCGAGGUGUUCAUCGACAAUACCCAAAACAUAUUCUUCCAUCUAUCAGCAACAAUAAUCUUGAUGAACCAUCUCAUUAUAUACAACCACAUGAUAUUACACAAAAUGUGUUGACAAAUAAAAAUCAAUCAGAUAAAAUAGUUCUUAUUAAUUUUCGACCUGAUACUGAUCCAACUGGUCUACGAGCAAAUCUAUAUAAACGUAUAUGCAAAAAUAAUCAAAGUUCAUUUACAAUUUGUUAUGAUAAACCUGAUGGAGUGAAUAUUUCAAGUUUACCUACUAUUUAUAAACGAAAUCGACAGUAUCCAUUAUGGUUAUCUCCUCGUGGUGGCGGACUUGAUUGUCAUCGAACAUGGGAAGCAUUGUAUCUUGAUAUAAUUCCUGUUGUUUGGCAUUCAACACUUGAUUCAUUGUAUACAAAUCUACCAAUUAUUAUUAUCAAUGAUUGGAGUGAAGUUAAUGAAGAAUUUCUUCGAAAGAAACUUUAUGAAAUAGCAAUGAAAAAAGCUCAACAACCAUCUGUAUAUCAAUAUGAAAAAUUGAGGAAUGCUUAUUGGCGUGAGAUAAUAAUAAAAAAAUCUCGAUAUGCUUUCAAUGAAAAAGACAUACAAAGAAAUCGAUGUUGGCGAGCUAAAACUAUUCAAUAA